UUGUUGAUGGUUCUCCUUAUCGCUGAUAAUUGAUAAAUUGCUUACGUCAUAACAAUCUGGUUAAAAUGCAGAAAUCCGAUCGCCAGUGUCAUUGAGUGUCAUCGUUGUUCGGACUAUUCGGAAUAACGUCGAUUUUUGUUAUUAUUCGAACGAGAGACUAUGGUACGCGUCUGGUAUAUGGACAGCAGCGAUGCUGAUCAAAGAUUGGAACACCAUAGGCAACCGCCAGAAUAUGUUUCGCUAGAUAGCCUGUUCGCCGCAACGGGCGUGGAAUAUUUUGAGAUAAAUCAUCCAAAUUAUGAGGUAGAUGCUACUUUGAAAGAAUUACGUGAGAAACGCAGUUAUACAUAUGAAGAUGAGUUAAUAUGUUCCAAAGAAUGCUUAGAAAAUUAUGAAGAGAAGUUAAAAAUCUUCUUCACCGAACAUCUUCAUACCGAUGAGGAGAUACGACUAGUUCUGGGUGGUUCGGGCUAUUUCGACGUACGGGACAAGGAUGAUCAAUGGAUCCGGAUUAAAGUGACGGCCGGCGAUCUAUUAAUCAUACCCAGUGGGAUUUAUCAUCGUUUCACUCUAGACACUAAUAAUUACAUAAGAGCAAAGAGAUAUUUUGUGGGAGAGCCAGUUUGGUUGCCAUAUAAUAGACCAGCCGAGAACAUGGAAUGCCGCAAGCAGUACCUUAAUAAACUGCAAAAAGGUUUCGAAGUACCUUUACCUUGCUAAUCCCAUAACAUAUUGCUACACGUGAGCUUCUGCGAGAAAGUAUAUUUUUUAUAUCUAUCUAUUCUAUUGAACAUUAUAUGUGAA